CAACUUACACCUAUAUUGUGUGUGUAGUAUUAAUUUCCGAAUUGGACCAUAAUCAUGAAGUUUACAAACAGAAAAUAGCAGAAAUAUAAGCAACAAAAUACUGUAAUGGGCAAAAAACGGAAAUCCAGAUCCGAAGGAGUUUCUGGUACAAAGAGGAACAGAUCUGAUGUCUCAUUAAGUGAAUCUGUGAAGGAAGAAGAAUCUCAGUCUUUAACUUCUGCAAGUCUUUCUGUUAGAGAGGUAUACGAAACAUGGACAGUAGAAGAUGUAGCCAUGACAUUAGAAGAACAUUCUUUAGAUAAUGCAGCCAAAGUAUUCAGAGGGGAAGGUAUAUCUGGAAAAGUGUUGCAGAUGUUAAAUGUCCAACGACUUGAGAAAAUGGGCAUAAUCAAAAUGGGGGAAAGAUUAGAAAUAAUGAAAGUCAUUUUGGAAAUCACAGGAACUAAAAAUUUAGAGGAUCAAACCAUAAAUACUAAGAUAGAUGUAGAAGAACAUAAGAAAAAGAUAUUUAAUGAUCCCGUCAAUGGACAUACAGAAGUUCAUCCACUUUGUAUCAAAAUAAUAGAUACUCCACAAUUUCAGCGACUGAGGGAUUUAAAACAAUCCGGGACAUGCUAUUUUGUUUAUCCUGGUGCAACGAACAAUAGAUUUGAACAUUGUAUUGGGGUAUGUUAUCUUGCCGGACAGCUAGCUCGUAUGUUACAGAAGAGACAACCAGAACUGAAUAUAACAAAUAAAGAUAUUUUGUGUGUAGAAAUAGCGGGCCUGUGUCAUGAUUUAGGUCAUGGCCCAUUUUCACAUCUAUUCGAUUCUAAGUUCAUACCAGUAGUAAGACCCACUUCAAAAUGGAAGCAUGAAGAUGCAUCCGUAAUGAUGUUUGAUUAUUUGAUUAAGAAACAUAAUCUUAUGGUAGAAUUUAAGAAGUAUGACGUGAAAAACCAAGAUAUCACAUUCAUUAAAGAACAGAUUGAAGGCCCUAAACAAAAUGGUGAACAAACUGCAGGUCGUAAGAAAAAUGAAAGUGUUUGGCCAUACCUUGGUAGAGAUCAAAGUAAAGGCUUUUUGUAUGAGAUAGUAGCCAACAAACGGAAUGGUAUUGAUGUUGAUAAAUGGGAUUACUUUGCAAGAGAUUGCUAUGGUUUGGGAAUAAAAAAUACUUUUGACCACAACAGAUUCAUGAAGUUUGCAAGAGUUUUGGAAGUGGAAGGUGAAUACCAGAUCUGUUCCAGAGAUAAGGAAGCAGAAACAUUAUACGGUAUGUUUCAAAUACGAGCAACACUACAUAGGAGAGCCUAUCAGCAUAGAGUUUGUGAUGCUAUAGAAGCCAUGGUAACAGAUGCAUUUAUUGCCGCUGACCAUAAAGGUAUAAUUCCAGGCAAAGACGGAAAUUUGAAGAAGUUAUCUGAGUGCAUUGACGAUCCUGAAGCAUACACAAAUCUUUCCGACAGCAUUUUUCAUGUGAUACUUUUGUCUGUUGAUGAGGACCUUGAAAAGUCAAGAAAAAUAUUACAAAGAAUCAUGCAUCGACAAUUGUAUGCUUGUGUUGGAGAAACUACCCCAACUGAAGGCGAAACAUAUGACAAAUCUUCACAAAUCAUGUCUGAAAUAAUGUCAAAUAUACCUCCGGAGUCCAAAGGUAAACUACUGGAUGAUGACCUUUAUGUUGAUUUAGUGUACCUUGAUUACGGAAGUAAAUCUCAAAACCCCAUGACCAAUGUCAGAUUUUAUAAUAAACGAGAUGUGACAAAACCAGUUCGUAUUGUCAAAAAUCAGGUAUCACUGAUGUUGCCUAAUGUGUUUUCUGAGCAAAUCGUUAGACUGUAUUGCAAGAAAAGUGACAGAGAAAGCUUGAAAAUAGCAAGUCAUUGUUUUAAGAAAUGGUGUGACGAUAAUAACCUUUUCUUACAGAUGAAAGUCCAAGAAGAAAAACUGGUUAAGAAUGAAUGACUAUUAAAACUGACAAUUGUGAACAGAGUAGACGAAAUCAUGGUUCAUUUUUUUGAUUUUCUCUCUCAAUUCAAUUUCAUAUAUCUUGCAGCAAAAAAUCAGAAAAUAUCCAAAAUGUUUCUUAAACAUGGAACAUAAUAGUGAAUUUGUUUAUUUCUACUGUACAAGUCAGGAAUGUGACAGUUGUUUUACAUUCGUAUGAUUUGUUUCAGACAGUUUUGCCAUGAUGUUGCCAUUUAUUAAGACAAAGGCGGAUCCAGGGGGACUCUGCGAAAAAAAUCGUUGAAUAUAUAGGGAAUAACUGAAG